AUGGAUCUUUGGAUCAAAUGGCUGGCAGUCACAGCACUGCUUGCAGUGGCUGGUGCUCAGCUGCAGAAGCAGGCGCAGGCCCCCCUGCUCCUGCACAAGCCCUUCAUCGUGGUGUGGAACGCGCCCACCGAGCAGUGCAGGCUGCGCUACAAGGUGGACCUGGAUCUCAGCAUUUUUGACAUUACGUCCAACACCAACGAGACUCUGAGUGGAUCAAAUGUCACAAUCUUCUACCACACUCAUUUGGGAUACUAUCCAUACUACUCAGAUAACGGAGAUCCUGUGAACGGAGGGGUGCCCCAAAAUGAAAGUAUUAUCAAGCACCUUAAUAAAGCAAAGUCUGACAUUGACUAUUGCAUACCCAUGAAGAAAUUUCAGGGACUUGCAGUCAUUGACUGGGAAAACUGGAGACCCCAGUGGGACAGGAACUGGGGCAGUAAAAGCAUUUACAGAAAUAAAUCUCUUGAGAUGGUAAGGCGACAGCAUCCUCAGUGGUCAGAGGACAAAAUUAGGAAAGUAGCUAAAGAGGAAUUUGAAAAUGCUGGCAAGAGUUUCAUGAACAACACCAUCCUUCUGGCUGAACACAUGAGGCCAAACGGUUUGUGGGGUUACUAUCUUUACCCAGACUGCUACAAUUAUGAUUACAAAGAGCAUCCGCAAACAUACACAGGAAAAUGCCCAGCCAUUGAGUCUUCCCGCAAUGAUCUCCUGCUGUGGCUGUGGAAGGAAAGUACUGCUCUCUACCCUUCAAUAUACCUGGAUUAUGUACUGAAGUCAAGUCCAAACGCCCUAAAAUUUGUUCACUAUCGGGUUAAGGAGGCAAUACGUAUUGCCUCAAUUGCUAGAAAGGACUAUGUUUUGCCCAUUUUUGUUUAUUCCAGACCAUUUUAUGCCUAUACUUUUCAUGUUUUAACCGAGACUGAUCUGGUCAACACCAUUGGUGAAAGUGCAGCUUUGGGAGCAGCUGGAGUUGUUCUCUGGGGCAGUAUGCAAUACGCCAGCUCAAAGGAGAGCUGUUCAACUGUGAAACGAUAUAUUGAUGGACCCUUGGGACAUUAUGUCAUUAAUGUGACCUCAGCAGCCAAACUCUGUAGCAAAGUCCUGUGCAAGAAGAACGGAAGAUGUAUCCGCAAAAACAGUGACUCUUCUGCUUACCUCCAUUUGCCACCCACUAACUUUAAGAUUCGAGUCCGUCACUCAGGGAGAGGCCCAAGAUUGCAGGUGACUGGUAAACCGAGCCUGGAGAAUAUAGAAGCCAUGAGGCAGAGGUUCAUGUGCCAGUGUUACCAAGGAUGGACGGGAAUAUUUUGUGAGUUGCCUGACCAAAGGCUAAAGGAGCACUGGGCUCACAUUGUGUUGAGUAGAUCGAGAAAACAAAAGCUUUAUGUCUUCCUCUUAGGAGCCAUGCAGCUUCUUCUGCUUUAUACUGCAUACUAA